CUGACGUCAUCCCGGCGCGCCCUCUCUCUCUCUCCUCCGUGCUUGUAUCUCUCCGCGAGCACCUUCCGCUAAGUGUGCGUGUGCCAGUGUGUUCUCCAGCCGCGGCCGGACCCCGUUUGGACACGUGACCCUAUCAGGAAGAAGAUCUAACAAUCAAGGCUGGCAGGGCGAGUAGUAGCCACCAGGAACUGACAUAACUCGCAGUUCAGACAGCAUGAAAGUGAUGACAGGUUCCCACGGGGGUUAUCCAGAUACCACCCCCCAGGUCACCUUGGCAUUCUUCUAUGGCACAUCUGUCUUCAGACGUGAGGCACUAAAGACUCAAAAGGCAUGAAGAAUAAGUCUGCGAGCAGAGGCCAUCUGUACAUGAGGGGUCUCUGAAUAAGAUCGACCAAUUCUGGCAUUUCCAAAGCUUCAGACUGGCAUCCAGCUAUCUAUUCCACUGUAAAGGAGUUGUCUUUUAACCAAACAAUCUGUUUCCUGCUGAGAUUUAAACCAUAAACGCCAAGAGAAGAAACAAUUUUAAUUUCCAGAAUAUCGUUGGCCAUUGUCCCGGCUAUGGAUUUUUUACGCUUGUCCUGACAGGAGCACUGCUUAAAGACUGAAAAGGGAGUUGUGGGAGUCACCGGCAGCUGCUCUCCGCUGGACUAUCUGCUCCAACAGAAUGUGAAAACAUUUGCAUCUUCACACAGUCUAGCGAAUGUCCAUGAAGUAGCAAGCUGGCUUUUGGAAAUGAAUCAGGAACUGCUGUCUGUGGGCAGCAAGAGGCGACGUACUGGAGGUUCUGUGCGAGGUAAUGCUUCUUCCAGUCAAGCAGAUGAGGAGCAAAUGAACAGAGUAGAGGAGGAGGAGGAGGAACAGCAGCACUCAAGACAGCAGGAAGAAGAGCACAUAGUAGUGAAUGGAGAGGUAGAUGGUCCUGGAAGUGUGGAAAGGAGUGACCUCCCUCAAGAGCACUUGGAAGAAAACAAUAACAGCUGUAUUGUAGCAGAUCAUGAGUGUGAAGGCCAGCCCGAGGACAGCGAGCAACAGGAAGAUGAGGAUGAGGAUGAGGAACAUGUUUGUGAUGUGGAAGAUGAGGACGAGGAGGAGAUGGACCAGGACAGUGAUGACUUUGAUCAGUCUGAUGACAGCAGUAGGGAGGAUGAACAUAGAAACGCUAGCGAUAUUCCCAAUUCCAAUAGUAUAAUGGACAUUUCCCUUCAACAAAAGCCCAAUCCUUUCCAAAUGAAAACAAAGAUGAAGAGAAAGUUGGACCAUGGAUCCGAGGUCCGUUCUUUCUCUUUGGGGAAGAAACCCUGCAAAGGCUCGGAGUACACAAGUACGACAGGUCUUGUGCCAUGUACAGCAACACCUACAACAUUUGGUGACUUACGGGCGGCAAAUGGGCAAGGUCAACAACGACGUCGAAUAACAUCAGUACAGCCACCCUCAGGCCUUCAAGAAUGGCUGAAAAUGUUCCAGAGCUGGAGUGGACCAGAGAAGCUUCUCGCCCUCGAUGAGUUGAUCGACAGUUGUGAACCCACCCAAGUAAAGCAUAUGAUGCAAGUCAUCGAGCCUCAGUUUCAACGGGACUUCAUUUCUUUACUGCCUAAGGAGUUGGCAUUAUAUGUACUUUCAUUUCUCGAACCCAAGGAUCUUCUCCAAGCAGCACAGACUUGUCGGUACUGGAGAAUACUAGCUGAAGACAACCUUUUGUGGAGAGAAAAAUGCAAAGAGGAUGGUAUCGAUGAGCCAUUACAUAUAAAGAGGAGAAAAGUAUUAAAACCUGGUUUCACACACAGUCCGUGGAAAAGUGCUUAUAUUAGACAACACAGAAUUGAUACCAACUGGCGACGAGGUGAACUUAAAUCGCCAAAGGUGCUUAAAGGUCAUGAUGAUCAUGUGAUUACUUGUCUCCAGUUUUGUGGUAACCGAAUAGUUAGUGGUUCUGAUGAUAACACUUUAAAAGUGUGGUCAGCAGUUACUGGAAAGUGUCUUCGAACUCUUGUUGGUCAUACGGGUGGAGUCUGGUCAUCUCAGAUGAGAGAUAACAUAAUCAUCAGUGGUUCUACAGACAGGACGUUAAAAGUAUGGAAUGCGGAGACUGGGGAAUGUAUACACACUCUUUAUGGACAUACCUCCACUGUGCGCUGCAUGCAUCUACAUGAAAAAAGGGUAGUAAGUGGGUCCAGAGAUGCCACCCUUCGAGUCUGGGAUAUAGAGACAGGACAGUGCUUGCAUGUUCUUAUGGGUCAUGUAGCGGCUGUUCGCUGUGUUCAGUAUGAUGGACGGAGAGUGGUUAGCGGGGCUUAUGAUUUUAUGGUUAAAGUCUGGGAUCCGGAGACCGAAACCUGUUUACACACACUGCAAGGCCAUACAAACAGAGUCUAUUCGUUACAGUUUGAUGGCAUCCAUGUUGUUAGUGGAUCUUUGGAUACCUCAAUCAGAGUCUGGGAUGUGGAGACUGGGAAUUGUAUCCACACUCUUACCGGGCACCAGUCAUUAACCAGUGGAAUGGAACUAAAGGACAACAUUCUUGUUUCUGGAAAUGCAGAUUCUACUGUUAAAAUAUGGGACAUUAAAACAGGACAGUGUUUACAGACAUUGCAAGGUCCCAACAAACAUCAAAGCGCUGUGACUUGUUUACAGUUUAACAAGAAUUUUGUAAUAACCAGCUCAGAUGAUGGGACUGUAAAACUAUGGGACUUGAAAACAGGGGAAUUUAUUCGGAACCUUGUCACAUUAGAAAGUGGAGGAAGUGGAGGUGUUGUGUGGAGAAUUCGGGCCUCCAACACAAAGCUUGUGUGUGCGGUUGGAAGUAGAAAUGGGACUGAGGAGACAAAGCUGCUGGUGCUGGACUUUGAUGUGGACAUGAAGUGAAAGCUGGGGAAAUUCAUUUGUCCAAAUUUCUAGACUGCAAAAUUCCGCCUUUUUCUGCCUCCCACUUCUUACCCAGUCCUUCCCUCCAAAAAUAUCCAUUGGCCUUGGCAAAACAGGAUCUCAGCUUGGGACAACAUAUUGCGAAGACCUACGCAUGGUGGAUGAGAAGACACCUUGUCACAAAAUGACUUCCCAUUUUGAUGUGGGCUACCUUUUUCUUUUGCAAAAAGGAGGACUCUCAAAAUGAAACCAGGUGCAAUUAUUCCUUACAGUCUCCAGUUGGUCACAGGCCAGUCCAGUAGCUGGGCUGUACUAUAAGCUAGACCCUAACUAAACACUUCACAGGUUACUGGUUGACUUCAAAAGAGAGCGGUUGCAACAAAGUCAUUUUCUGGUUUUUGAAAUGCUGAAAAGAAAUAACUGUGAAUGUUUAUUUUUUAUUUUUUUGUAGUUAUUUUUUUUUUUUUUUUGCGAACUGUUGCCAAUGUCAAUCAAUCACAGUAUUAGCCUCUGUUUCUCUUAUUGUUGCUUCCAUCUACAUGUUUCAAUGUGUAUGUUGCUCUUGGGUGACAGGCUUGUCUUUACGUUCUCAGAUGGAUACAAAUCUCGAUGCUGGUGCUAGCAAGUAGGUCUUUUUAUAAAUGGGAUUGUUGUCCCACAGCUGUACUGUAUUCCCAGUGGCCAAACAUAUUUAUGCUGCUAAAUGAAAGGAGAGGAAAAAAAGCAACAUUUUUUUUAAUUAUUAUUUUACUGCUGUGACGUUUUAGUCCCAGACUGAAUUCCAAAUUUCUUCUAGUUUGGAUACAGAAAAAGACUUUUUGCCACUGAAAUCUGAAUCCACUGUGCCUCUAAGAGGCCGAAAGUGGGGCGAUUUCAGACAAUGUAGAGUGAAGUUUGCUUGCAAAGAAAAAAAGAUUUGAGUGUGUAAAGCUUAUUUUCUUGUUUUUGGGCAAAAUGUAAACACAUUCCUUAGAACAGAGUUGUUGUAGCCUGUUCUUUUGGGAACUUUUUGUUGUGAGGCUGUCGUGAAUGUUAAAAAAAUAAAAAUAAAAAAAAUAUUACAUAAAACUGACAAACAAAACAACUCAUCAGACUCAAUAAAUGACAGUAUUUUGGGGGAAAACAGCUGUUACAGUAAAAUGGGGCAAGUUGACAAAUGAAGCAGAAGGCAAGAUGUUUUUUUUUUUUUUAUUAUUUUUUUUUUUUGGCAGUGCGAGCUUCACGUGCAAAUAUAUUACCAUAUACAAUUGUCAAAAAAAUUGCCUCAUGUUCCAAGAGUCACAACUCAAGCUGAACUGUGAAAAGUGGUUUAACACUGUAUCCUAUGCGACCUUUUGAAAAAAAAAAAAAUUUAGACUUUUUUUUUCCGUUCCUCCUCAUCCUAUAUUUUUUUUUUUUAUUAUUUAUAGUCUGGUUUUAAAAUAAUCAGAUUUCCAUUUUGUUCAUUUUACAGUUCUGUAACAACAUGAUGUGAUGGAGGAAAACAUUGUUUAAAGGGAUUGUGUCUAUGGUUUGAUUCACUUAGAAAUUUUAUUUUCUUAUAACUUAAGUGCAAUAAAAUGUGUUUUUCAUGUUACAGACUUUUAUUGGUGCCUUUUUAACAUUGA